AUGAUGACCCCCGCCGACAUUCUGGACAACAAAGGGAAGCCAAUAAGCGACUUUGAUCACCUGCAAGCCCAUAUCUAUGCCAUAGGGGCCGGCCACAUAAACCCCAUCAAGGCCACUGAUUCGGGCCUGAUCUAUGACAAUAGCCCAGACGAUUACUUGCCUUAUUUAUGCGCUUAUGGACCUACUUCUUUUACCUUUACGAGAACUGUAACCAACGUUGGUGAUGCAAAUUCUUCUUAUGAGGUGGACAUCAUCAAACCAGAAGGUGUAAAUGUUGAG